GCGUCGCUGGCUGAUGACGUCAUCGCUCGGUUGCCAUGGCGCAUUAGCCCUGACAAUUUUUCACAAGAACAGCUUCUGCUUGUUUAUAACUGCAGAAGUGUGAGAAUACAGCGUUGCUUUCAUCUCCGCUAAGGGUGAGAUGGACAGAACAGCAGCAGAUGUGCUGAGUGGUGUGGAGUCGUUAGCCUCCUCCUUUCUUCCUCCAGCUGUCUCUCUCCCUUCCUGUCUGUCUCUCCCGGUCUCCUGCUCCUCCUCUCCUCUCUCGUCCUCUCGUCAGGUCACUGCUCGUCUCUAUUCCUCUCUUCAGCACAGCCAAGAGCAGGAGAUCAGAGGUCACCAGGCUGACUCUCACGCGACCAGACAGGUGUCCUUUAACGUGACUUCUCCUUUGGUUACCAUGACAACAUCUGCACCCUCUGUGCACUCUGAUAGGCUGAAUGAGUCACAGGAAGUAGAGUCUGGUCUCAGUGCGUGCUCCUUCAGUGAUCUCAAAAUCUCUGGCAUGGAAGAGGAGGAGUCAGGAGGUAGAAUCACUGAAGAGAUGGACUUGAACCCACAGAGCAGCAUUAAACUCUUGAGCGGUCGGCGGCACAUUGAAGAGAUGGAGAACGUAAGGAGUCAUUUACAGACAAUUCUGAGAGCCAGAGCUACUGACACAUCUGAACUCCUUCCCUCUGCGUUACAGCACCUUCAAGAUGAGAGUGAUACGACUUCUCAGCUCAUCAGUGGUGUAGAGGAGUUGUUCCCGCGGUAUUCCCGACUCCGUGCAGAUUUUGACUCCGCCCCUUUCCACUCUGUCUCUGAGCUGCAGCUGAUCAGAGAGAGUCUGGAGAGAGAAAGAGCAAGACGCAAGCACUUGGAGCAGCAGCUCUUGGCAGUACAAAAUAAAGCUUUAGGGUUGCAGCAGCAAUUAUCACUCGCUGUGUCCGCAGAUCGUAAGAAGGACAUCAUGAUCGAGCAACUUGAUAAGACGUUGGAGAAGGUGGUGGAAGGCUGGCGUCGGCAUGAAAAAGAGAAGAGUGAGGGAGUGAGAAGACUGCAGGAGGAGAAAGAGGCAGCAGAGAGCACCCAGCAAAAACAAAGAGAGGCUUUGGCUUGCGUUGAGAAGAGUUUGUCAGAGGCAGCAGAGACACUGGACAAAGAACGGAAACACAACGAAGAGCUACAAAACACAAACAAACAGCUGGAGUGUGACAAGGUGGAGCUACAUGUGUGUGUAGGUGAGCUGGAGCAGGAGGUGGAGCAUCUGCGUGCUGAGGUGGAGGAGAAGAAGGCUGAGACAGAGAGACUCCAAACACAGAGCCAGGAUCUACAACAACAGCUGGAACAACACAAACUCGAAGCCAAACACACACACACGCACAUGCAGCAGGAGCUGACACUGCUCACACAACAGCUGGAAACAGAGAGGGAGAGAGUGGGUCAGGAGGUGCAGCUGCGUGAGGAGGCCCAGUCCAGACUUCAGCAGCUGCAGCAGGACCUGGAGGAGACUAGGAGAGAGAGAGACGCAACCAGAGUGGACAGAGCACUGGACCAGGCUCGGUUUGAGGCUCAGCGCUCACAGUGGGAGGUAGAGCUCAGACUCUCUGUGGAGCAGCAAGUCACAGAACGACUGGCAACCAUACAGGAGGAGAAUACUAAUGCUACAGCUAAACUACGGGAACAGCACAGGAAGCAGCUGCUGGAUCUGAGUGCUCGCCAUGAGCGAGAGCUCUCUGUUCAGUCAGAUGAGUUCAGAGCUCAGCUGAAGGGGAGAGAUUGCAGACAGCACCAGCUCACACUCGACUUCAGCAACAAGAUGGCAGAACUUCAAAAGGAGCUGGUUUCCAUGGAGACUAGUAAGAGGAGGCUGGAGACACAGAGGGAGGAGCUCGUGGCUCGCCUGCAGGGAAUGAUGCGCUCCCAUUGGGCAGAGGCUCUGAGACUGCUGACGAAUCAGGAGCAGAUUGAAGAGCUGUUGUCUCCCUCGUCUCUGCGGGAAAUGACCAAACCACACUCAAUGCCUCAAACUCAGGACAUCAGCAUCUGCAGCACAUCUCACUCAGCCACUACAGCUGCUCCUCAGGCUGUGGUCCUUCAGCUAUGCAGAGAUCGAGGGAUAAGGGGUCAGGGGGACAGUGGAGGGGACAGGGGACGAGUGGAGUCGGACUUCAGCCUGUUAAAUCAGAGCCACACCUUCAGUCCACUGGAGCCAGUGCUGGAUGACACACACCUUACAGCUAUAGGUGGAGGUGGUGGUUAUGAAGAUCUGUGGCACAGCCCUGUGGGAGGAGAGAGACAGACAGUGAACAGACGAAAUGAUCAAGGGAGGGAACAAACAGUGAGAGAGAGAGAAGAGACAACUCAGUCUGGAGAGAAUCUGACUCUGCUUUCAACACACAUCUCUCAGGAUCUGUACUGCGACGUGAAUCAGAGCAGGAUUCAGUCUAACCAGCGAAUCAACAGACAACCAUUUCCCAGCUCUAAUGUGACUCUGACUCAGACUCUGAAUCCAAGGCUCAAACCCAAUCAAGCACAUGCCUCUACUGAUGUAUGGGCCAAACAGAGCUCAGAUAAGAGGAUGGGGCAAGGUGAUGUGUCCAAGCAAAUGUACAGUAGUACAGAGAAAACAGCUCCACCUACAGAAGAUAAGAGCCUGUCAGUCAAAAUGAGAGCUCCUCCCCCAGUGACCAACGCGUCAUCUUUAUGUGAUGAGAGACAAAAUGAACUGCAUUACUACAUAGCAAAGCUGCUGGAGCGUUCUCCAGGUGAACCUCUGGAUGAACAUCAAGCAGACCUGAACAAGAACAGAGCAGAAACACAGUCAACUAACUCAGGUGUGAGCUCUCAGGUAGAGCUGAAGCCGGAGCAGUUCACUGACCUCCCACACCUGACCCUGCCUUCUACACACACUCCACAGCAACUGCAGCAACAUCCUGACAACUUGAUGAGGUCAGGGGAAAUGUUUGCUGACCAAGUCCGAGCCAAUCUGAAUGUCAGAAUAGCACAGAACAACAGAAGGGAGCAGCGUCAGUCCGCAACUCACUCCACACAAAUUACAGCCACACGAGGGCGCCGGGCUGGACCCCAAGGUCAAAGGUCAGGAUCUAAAGUCAACGCAUGGAGAUGAAGAACUUGUUGUUGACGUGUUUUAUAUGUCAGACAAUUGAGUUGAAUUGUGUUUUUUGUACUACUAAAUUAUUAGAAUGAAAUGUUUUAUUAAAAAGCCUUGUUUUAUAAA